AUCUAUAUUCUACUCUCUUAUAGUAGCAUCGUUAAUGUACGUCGUGUUGUGAGGUGUUAGCCAGAUACGUUUAAAGAAAGUGUAGGUUGGUGUGGGUGUGCAUACUGCUGGAAGACAGCCGCACAAGUGAAAGGGUAAUGGCAAGGAGUGGAGGUGAUUUUCAGUGAUCUUUAACAAAUGGCUCUGUCCGAGGUGCACAAUUUGGCUGCAAUUAUCGGUAACAAUGGUUUUACUGUUAGCAAGAAUAACGUGGUUGAACGCAACAUCAACAUGUUGGAACCACGAAACAAUUAUCCAGCUGAUAGAUGUAAUACAGAAUAUAAUUAUUGGAACUAUGACUUAAUGGAAUGCAAUACACAAAAAAAUAUGAAUGUAGAAGAUGAAGAUAGUCAGGAUUUAAAUAAUCCUAUGGUCAAUGAUUUAGUGUCAAAAAUUCUUGAUGAUGAUUCAAUAGUUGGUGACAACGCUCACAAUAAUAGUUAUAAUGGCAAUAUUCAAUAUUAUUCAGAUACUCAAUCCUGUAUUAUGGAAAAUAAAAUGGAAAGUAAUACUGAUCCUAAUUUUACUAUGGAUCGCUUCAAUAUGCAUUCGACAUUUAAUAAAUUACAAAAUAAUAUUUCUAAUAAUGCUAAACUUGAAUGUAAUUAUAACACUCUCUGUGGAGAGCUCAAAACAUUGAGUCUCAAUACAUGUGUAGGACAAGUAUCAGAUCGGAAUUUAUAUAACAAUGGGAUUGGUGCAUAUUCAAAUACGUAUCCAUCUGAUUCACAAUCUUAUGUACUAUGUCCAAGUAAUGAAAAUUGUUGUAUUAGUGGAAAUACUAUGCCUAUAUGCAACGAUUUAUUAACAACUACAAAUGAGACAAAUGUAGGUAAGCAGUCUGCUAAUUGGACAGAAAAUUUAUCAACAUCAGGAUGUACAUCAGACUUAUUUGGAAAUUACCAACGAAUACAAAAUUGUACAAAUCCAGAUCUUAACUUUAAUAUGGCUCUAACAUUGGCUUUAGAUUCUCCUGAUCCAAUAACUCUAAAUGAAUUAGAGUAUCAUAAUAAUAUUGGACAGAAUGGAACUAAUACAUAUAAUAAUCCAACACCUUCUAUGCAUGAAUUAUACAGCAUGACUGCCAAUAAUCAAACUUAUAGACCAAGUUCAGCAAUGACUGAUUUGAGUAUUGAUUCUGGCUUUCUUUCAAAUUCUCCAUUACAACAUUUUUCUCCAGCUGAUACAAAUUUGCAUAAUUGUUUUGGAAAUAAUAUACAGCGGAGUAAUGCUAAUGAUUAUAAAGAUUUACAUGAUUCAAAUAGAUUAAGCAUGACAAAUAUCUCCAUACCAAAUGAACAACUACAAUUUUUGCAUCAACAAGCUCGUAGCUACAAAUUAAAUCAAGCUGUGGACCAAGAAUACAAACAAUUAAUUGACUAUUAUCCAGGUGUAAGCGAUUUCACCACAUCAUCGAUCAAUAGUUUAGACACAAAUGAAAAUUGUCUUACAAAUAAUGAUUAUAAAAUUGAUAAUAAUUUACUGAAAAUUAUCAGUCCGAAAUCAAAGACUAUUGAAACUAAGACAUAUUCACCAAUUGGAUUUCCAAAAAAUCUAAGUUCGCGUAAUACUCACCAGUCAAUUGCAAAAUAUGGAUAUCAUAAUUAUCAACAUUACACUGCCAAUAACGGCGAGACUUUAAAAAUGUUACCACAAAGUUCCACAUCUUAUCAGGAUUUGAAGCAGCCUAAUAAUACUAAUACAUAUAAGGUGGAAGGAUUUGAUCUUACCAAAGAAAUAGCUUUUCCUUCUGUAAGUCAUUUGACUAAUCAAAUAGCAGGGUCUUCAAUGAACAAAGAUACUUUUAAUUAUCUUAUGAAACAACGACAUCAUAUGCCAAGAAUACAAAAUAGUCCUGGUAUUCCAUCUGCUGAUGUCCUUUUUAAUUCAGGAAUAGUACCAAAUCCAGGUACAGUAAGAUCUGGAGUAUUCCCACCAGUAAUGCCAGUUCCUGUACCACUUCCAGUUCCACGACUAUUUUCCGUAUUAUAUGGUGGAGGUUUGAGCCUUAGAAAUGGAAGUGGAACUUCUAGACGUACAGCACCUUCAAGUAUAUUACACUUCAGAUUGGAACAAACUUAUGAACAAUUUAAACAAUUAGAAAAGGAACGAAAAAAAUGCGAAGCGGGAUUAGCUGCUCAUUUUCCUGGUAAAAGAGUGACGAGUGCAAACAAUAUACCUAUUCCUCGCCUUCAAGGAAAUCCAUCACGCGUUGAUCGUUUAGUCAUUGAUUAUUUGAGAGAGCAUGCACGUGUUAUAACUUUGAUUGCAAAAAUGGAACGUUUACGAGGGACCACGAUGAAUCAACGUGUACAUAAAGCUAUGGAAUAUUGGUUGGAAGCAAUAAAGUUUGUCCAAGAAUGUCGUAAACGUGAAGUUGCAAAUGCUACUAAACGCCAAAAAGAAAAUCCACCAUGCAUUCUUGUAUACAAUGAUAAUGAUAUAUUAACAUUGGCAGCCAGUGUAUAUGAAUUGACGAAGGCAUCUCGAUACGCAAGAACUGGUAUGUAUAACGCAUUACAAGCUACAUUAUUGUAUGACUUGGAAAUAGAAAAGAAAGUUGUUGAAACUUCUAAAGAUCCAGUUCUUGUGAUGAAACGUAAUGAAAGUCAGGUAACACAUGAUGCUGGUGAUUAUUCAAACAGUACCUAGCAAGAUUUUGAAAACCGCUUUUCCAUUUUGUGUGAAAAAACAUAGAUCGAGUCCAGCAGUUUUUUACUUACGUAUUCCGCGUUACGUUAAUGAAAAGCUUUUGCUGGCGUUUAUCAUAAUUUUAUCGCUGAGACAAAACAAUGCCGCCCACUAAUUGCGAAAUUUUCAAAGCAUCAUAUGGAGAAGUAUACGUACUCCCGCCGAAAUAGGAAAAUCAUAUGCGUAUCUACUUUUUACAAGUUAAUAGUAACUCCAUAGUUUUCUACUGUACAUAUUUUUAUCCCUACUAUAUAGUACAGUCUUGGGAGUGUCAGUUCUUGGAAUCCAAUACUUGUGAUUCAAUUGUCUAUUGCACUUUCAAGUGAUUUUGCUUGUUCUUCGCUAACAGACUAACGAAAAAGAAACUUACGAACGUCAACACUUUUAUCUUUGGAUGUAUUGUGUAUAUUUCACAAUGCCAAAGAUAAUUAUUUCAAAUUUAUUGAGGAUCCGAUACUCGUAGAAAGAAAAAAACGAAGAACAAGAUUGCUCAGACAUACUAGAAGAAACAAAAAAUGAAAAAAAAAAAAAGAACGUUCGCAAGAAUCUCUGACUAUUAUUCGUUUGCGUAUGUGUCAUAGGCUAGAUAAUAUAGGCUAAAUUUUAUCAAUAUAUUUGUUCAGAGUGCUAGGCAGUAAUUUCUUAGACUAGUUCAAUGUGGCCUUCCUUAAGUGUGUAACCCAAGAUGUAUCAGGUAGUCAAAGUACAUCUCGAAAACUUCGAAUAUUUCGAAAAACUCAAAACACGAUGCGGUAACUUAAAUCGCAGAUCGGGUGAGCUUUUUCAAUCUGUGAAAAUAUGUGUAGCCUUUGAUCUGACUCAAUAUAU